UCAUCUAUCCUCUUACCGCGAUGGCCAUGGAGUGGAAGAUACUUCCCAUUCACUUGUUGCUGCUACUUUCUGUUUUCUUGAUUCAGCAAGUUUCUUCUCAAGAUGUAUCAAGCUGUGCAGGGAGAUGUGGGGAAGGGUAUUCUAGAGAUACCCCCUGCAACUGUGAUUAUAACUGUCAACUCUACAUGGAGUGCUGCCCUGAUUUCAAGAAAUUCUGCACUGUGGAGCUCUCCUGUAAAGGCCGCUGCUCCGAGUCCUUUGAAAGAGGGAGGGAGUGUGACUGUGACAACCAAUGUAAGAAGUAUGGCAAGUGCUGUCCCGAUUACGACGAUUUCUGUGAAGUGCAUAGCCCCACAUCACCACCAUCUUCAAAGGCUGCACCUCCGCCUGCAGGAGCACGUCAACCCAUCAAAUCAACAACCAAACGUUCACCCAAACCAACAGACAAGAAGACGACUAAGAAAGUUAUAGAAUCAGAGGAAAUAACAGAAGAACAUUCUGUUUCUGAAAAUCAAGAGUCUUCUUCCUCUUCUUCUUCUUCCUCUUCAAGUAUUCGGAAAAUCAAGUCUUCCAAAAAUUCAGCUGCUAAUAAAGAAUUAAAGAAGAAACCCAAAGUAAAAGAUAACAAGAAAGAAAAUCCUAAGAAGAAACCUGCCCCGGAACCACCAGUGGUAGAUGAAGCUGGAAGUGGAUUGGACGAAGGUGAUUCCAAGCCCACCCCAACUCCUGACACGCCCACCACUCAAAGCACUAAAGUUACCACAACUUCCAAGGUUACAACAGUGACAACAGUAAGUCCUAAACCCAGCCCGUCACCGAAACCUGAAACAUCCAAAGACACAUCUUCAACAGCAAGUAAAGAGAAAACGGUUGAAACUAAAGAGACUUCUAAAACAACAAAAGAGACUUCAGCUAGUACAUCAGAGAAGACGACUUCAGGUAAAGAGACGCGAAGUGCAGAAAAAACAUCUAAAGAUUUGGAAGCCACAUCAGUUUCUGUUAAAACUACAACCGAAGCUGAAACUACAACCACAUCUCUUACACCCACCACUCCUCAAACGCCUUCUCCCACCACCACCACCAAGGAACCUACAACCACCCCCAAAAAGCCCGAGCCCACCACCCCUAAAAAGCCCGAGCCUACCACCCCCAAAAAGCCCGAGCCCACCACCCCCAAGAAGCCAGCUCCAACUUCUCCUGAGACACCUCCAACCACCUCAGAGGCCUCUACUCCAGCUACCACCAUGGAGCCUCCCACUCCUCCUGAGAACCCUGCUGGAUCAACUCCUGAGUUUCCUGUAGAUCCCACACCAAAGGCUCCUGAAGGGACCAAAUCUGAAACGACCACCACAUUGAAGGAUAAGACAACAGAAAAAGGCACGCACACUACAACUGAAAUUACAACUGCUACUUCUACAAGUACAACAAAAGAGACAGCAACUCCAAAAGAAGACAAGACCACUGAAUCCCAAACAAGUACAACCAAGCAGGUGACAUCUACCACAACCAAGGACACCACAUCAGCCAAAGUUACUCCUAAGGAAACAACUCCUGCACCAGAAGUGACUCCAACAGAAGACAAGACCACUGAGUCCCAAACAAGUACAACCAAGCAGGUGACAUCUACCACAACCAAGGACACCACAUCAGCCAAAGUUACUCCUAAGGAAACAACUCCUGCACCAGAAGUGACUCCAACAGAAGACAAGACCACUGAGUCCCAAACAAGUACAACCAAGCAGGUGACAUCUACCACAACCAAGGACACCACAUCAGCCAAAGUUACUCCUAAGGAAACAACUCCUGCACCAGAAGUGACUCCAACAGAAGACAAGACCACUGAGUCCCAAACAAGUACAACCAAGCAGGUGACAUCUACCACAACCAAGGACACCACAUCAGCCAAAGUUACUCCUAAGGAAACAACUCCUGCACCAGAAGUGACUCCAACAGAAGACAAGACCACUGAGUCCCAAACAAGUACAACCAAGCAGGUGACAUCUACCACAACCAAGGACACCACAUCGGCCAAAGUUACUCCUAAGGAAACAACUCCUGCACCUGAAGUGACGGCUGCAACAAAAAAGACAACUACAACUGAAGAGACUACAAAUACGUCUGAAGACACAGUAACUACAUCCAAAGUGACAACUGCUAAAUCCCCAAAGCCAACCAAAGCACCCCAAAUGCCCACCACCACCAAAAAGCCCAACACAACACCUAAAGUGACAAAACCAAAGCCUACACCAUCUCCCCCAAAGACGACCACAUCAACGGUGCCUACAAUGAACCCUGCCUCUUCAGAGGAAGACUUGCUCCAAACCACCACCAGCUCUAACCAAGCUAGUAACUCAGAAAUGGCUGAAGAACAUCCAAAGAAUGAAGAUGCAAAUGAUGCUGAAGGAGAAAAACCUUAUGUGAUUCUCAGGCCCCCUGUGAUAACUCCUCUAAUUAUCCCAGGAGCUGAUUUCACAGUGAGAGGAUCCGAUCAAGGCAUUGGCGUCAACCCCAUGCUUUCAGAUGAAACCAAUUUAUGCAAUGGUAGAUCAGUUGAUGGACUGACGACCCUGGCCAAUGGGACAUUAGUUGCAUUUCGAGGUCAUUACUUCUGGAUGCUAAAUCCACUCAGUCCACCAUCUCCUCCUCGUAGAAUUACUGAAGUCUGGGGUAUUCCCUCUCCCAUUGAUACUGUUUUUACUAGGUGCAACUGUGACGGAAAAACUUUCUUCUUUAAGGGUUCUCAGUACUGGCGUUUCACCAAUGAUGUAAAAGAUCCUGGGUAUCCCAAACAAAUUGUAAAAGGAUUUGGAGGACUAAAUGGAAAAAUACUGGCAGCUCUUUCAAUACCUAAAUAUAAGGAGAGACCUGAAUCUGUGUAUUUUUUCAAGAGAGGGGGCAGAGUUCAGAAGUAUACUUAUAAACAGGAAUCCAACAGGCAGUGCCCUGGAAGAAGACCUGCUCUGAAUUAUCCGGUGUACGGAGGAACAACACAGGUUAGAAGACUUCGCUUUGAACGGGCUAUUGGAUCUCAAACACACACCAUCAGCAUUCAAUAUUCUCGGCCUGUCAGAGUCCUUUAUCAAGACAAAGGUUUCCUCCACAAUGAAGCCCAAAUAAGUACACUGUGGAGAGGACUUCCCAAUUUGGUUACCUCAGCUAUAUCCCUGCCCAACACCAGAAAACCCGAUGGCUACGAUUACUAUGCUUUUUCUAGGGAUCAAGCCUAUAACUUGAAUGUGCCCAGCAGAACAGCAAGAGCCGUUACUACUCCUUCUGGGAAGACCUUAUCCAAUGUCUGGUACAACUGUCCUUAGACCGGUGGGCAAAGGAACAGACAAGUAAAACAAUGAUAAAAUCUGACACUGAAAUACCUUUUAUUAAUAAAGAAUGUUGAGAUAAGCAUACCAA